AUCCUUCACAAAAUUGAGCUGUCUCCCCAAGUUAAGCAGUUACCUCUCCUACCAGUAAACAUGGAGGACAAGACGAUACUACUAUCUCUGGCCUUGUCUAUGCUCCUCGCCAUCCUCCUCUCCAAGCUGGUCUCGAUUUCCAAGAAGCCCAGGCUGAACCUUCCCCCGGGGCCAUGGACGCUGCCGGUGAUCGGCAGCAUCCACCAUCUCGCCAGCAACCCGAACACCCACAGGGCGCUGCGCGCUCUGUCGCAGAAGCACGGGCCCCUGAUGCAGCUGUGGCUGGGCGAGGUGCCCGCGGUGGUGGCGUCGACGCCGGAGGCCGCGCGGGAGAUCCUCAGGAACCAGGACCUCAGGUUCGCCGACCGCCACGUCACCAGCACCGUCGCGACGGUCUCCUUCGACGCCAGCGACAUCUUCUUCUCCCCGUACGGCGAGCGGUGGCGGCAGCUGCGCAAGCUGUGCACGCAGGAGCUCCUGACGGCCACCCGGGUGAGGUCGUUCAGCCGCGUCCGCGAGGACGAGGUGGCGCGCCUCGUGCGGGAGCUGGCCGGCGGCGGCGGCGCCGCCGUGGACCUCACCGAGAGGCUCGGGAGGCUCGUCAACGACGUCGUGAUGAGGUGCUCCGUCGGCGGCCGGUGCAGGUACCGGGACGAGUUCCUGGGCGCGCUCCACGAGGCCAAGAACCAGCUGACCUGGCUCACCGUCGCCGACCUCUUCCCGUCGUCCAGGCUCGCGCGGAUGCUGGGCGCGGCCCCGCGGAGGGGUCUCGCGAGCCGGAAGAGGAUAGAGCGGAUCAUAGCAGACAUCGUCCGGGAGCACGAGGGGUACAUGGGGAGCGGCGGCGACGGCGGCGACGAGGCAGCUGCUGCAGCUGCAGGGAAAGACUGCUUCCUCAGCGUCCUGCUAGGGCUGCAGAAGGAAGGCGGCACGCCGAUCCCGAUCACAAAUGAAAUCAUCGUCGUGCUUCUGUUUGACAUGUUUUCAGGGGGUAGCGAGACAUCAGCCACAGUGAUGAUCUGGAUCAUGGCAGAGCUUAUUCGGUGGCCAAGAGUAAUGACAAAAGUACAAGCCGAGGUGCGCCAAGCCCUCCAAGGGAAGGUCACAGUCACUGAGGAUGAUAUUGUUAGGCUAAACUAUCUAAAAAUGGUGAUCAAGGAGACCUUACGAUUGCAUUGCCCUGGACCCCUCCUAGUGCCCCAUAGAUGCCGUGAGACAUGCAAGGUUAUGGGCUAUGAUGUGUUGAAAGGUACAUGUGUGUUUGUUAAUGUGUGGGCAUUGGGCAGGGACCCUAAGUAUUGGGAAGACCCUGAGGAGUUCAUGCCAGAGAGGUUUGAAAAUAGUGAUAUGGACUACAAAGGGAAUACUUUUGAGUACCUUCCAUUUGGUUCCGGUCGUAGAAUUUGUCCAGGUAUAAACCUUGGGAUAGCCAACAUAGAGCUACCCCUAGCUAGCCUCCUUUACCAUUUUGAUUGGAAAUUGCCCGACGAAAUGGCAUCCAAGGACCUUGAUAUGCAAGAGGCACCUGGAAUGGUUGCAGCUAAACUCACUAGCCUAUGUGUGUGCCCUAUCACUCGUGUUGCUCCACUAAUCAGUGCGUGAAGUCCAACCUAGUAGAUAAUGCAUCCUCCAAGACAUCGCAUACUCUUAAUAUUUAUACUCCCUGGUUUAAUGUGUAUACAUAUCAAACAAGGUGCUGUCAUAAAAUGGGAUUUAUAUGUCUAUUAUGUAUUCUCAGUUUGUUUUUCUAUUCAGAAUGGUUAUUUGUGUA